CGUGCCCCGGGGGCAGCCAGCAACACCCCUCGUCGUGCCAGUGGCCCGCGGGCCGUGCUGGGCCUUCCGCCAUGGUGGACUACUACGAGGUGCUGGGCGUGCCCCGUCAGGCGUCGUCCGAGGCCAUCAAGAAAGCAUAUCGCAAGCUGGCGCUCAGGUGGCACCCCGACAAAAACCCUGAGAACAAGGAGGAGGCGGAGAGGCGGUUCAAGCAAGUGGCCCAGGCCUACGAGGUCUUGUCAGAUGCCAAGAAGAGGGACGUGUACGACCGGUAUGGCGAGGCGGGAGUGGAGGACGGCGGCGGGGGCGGCGGGCCCUGCCGCCACCCCUUCGAGUACGUCUUCACCUUCCGCGACCCGGCUGAGGUCUUCAGGGAGUUCUUCGGGGGCCGCGACCCGUUUUCGUUCGACUUCUUCGGAGACCCACUAGAGAACAUCGUGGGCGGUCGGAGGAGCUCCCGGGGAAGCAGAAGCAGAGGAACCACUCCCUUCUUCUCGGCCUUCAGUGGAUUUCCAGCAUUUGGGGGUGGUUUUUCUUCUUUUGAUACAGGAUUUAGUUCCUUUGGUUCCCUGGGGAGCGGAGGCCUUUCUUCCUUCUCCAUGUCUUGUGGUAGUGGUGGGUCCAGCAACUUCAAAUCCAUGUCGACUUCCACCGAAAUCGUUAAUGGCAAAAAAGUCACCACCAAGAGAAUCAUUGAGAAUGGCCAAGAAAGAGUGGAGGUGGAAGAAGAUGGAGAGUUAAAGUCCCUGGUAAUAAAUGGCAAAGAGCAGUUGCUGCGCAUUGACACCAAGUAAUUCCAGUCCACUUUAAUGUAGAGCACAUUGUGAGGAAUUGGACUUUUUUUUUUUUGAAGAUUACAAGGGAACUCUACUUUCAGAACAACUGUUGUCAAGAAUUUAUAAACAGUCAUGCCAGUGCCUAUUUGUUGUUAUUGUUGGGACUACACGAAUAGGACCUCUGUUUGUCUUUAAAACUGUUGUAAAUAUCUGUGUGCACUUUGCUUUUUAUUAAACAUAAUCCCGAGGCAGA